AUGUCCGCCAGGCUUACAUCUUCUUCCUUUCACUUCUUUGUCUCUUUUCUUUCUUUUUUCCUACCUGAUGUGGAGGGAGUAAGAAUAUUUAUCUCUCUCAUUCUGUUCAUAUCUAUCGCAUUCUGUUCAUAUCUAUCUAUUUAUCCUGUUCAUAUCUAUCUAUCUAUCUAUCCUGUUCAUAUCUAUCUAUCCUGUUCAUAUCUAUCUAUCUAUCUAUCUAUCUAUCUAUCUAUCUAUCUAUCUAUCUAUCCUGUUCAUAUCCUAUCAACCUAUCUGAAUCUGUUCAUCUAUAUCUAUCUCAAUCUGUUUAUAUCUAUCGACAUCAAUCUGUUUAUCUAUCUAUCUAUCUAUCUAUCUAUCUAUCUAUCUAUCUAUCUAUCUCAAUCUGUUCAUCUGUAUCUCUUAAUCUGUUCAUAUAUCUAUCUACCUCAAUCUGUUCAUCUAUCUCAAUCUUUUCAUCUAUCUAUUUCUAUCUAUCUAACUAUCUAUCUCAAUCUGUUCAUCUUUCUCAAUCUAUCUAUCUAUCUAUCUAUCUAUAUCUAUCUAUCUAUCUCAAUCUGUUCAUCUAUCUAUCUAUCUCAAUCUGUUCAUCUUUCUCAAUCUAUCUAUCUAUCUAUCUAUCUCAAUCUGUUCAUCUAUCUAUCUAUCUCAAUCUGUUCAUCUAGCUAUCUAUCUAUCUAUCUAUCUAUCUAUCUAUCUAUCUAUCAAGGGAGGGGCAUGAAUUUGCAUAUUAUAUCUAUCUAUGUACCUAUCUAUCUCAGUCUGAUUCUAUCUAUCUAUCUAUCUAUCUAUCUAUCUAUCUAUCUAUCUAUCUAUCUAUCUAUCUAUCUAAGUCUGAUUCUAUUUAUUUAUCUAUCUAUCUAUGCCAAUCGGUUCAUAUUCAUCUCAACCUAUCCAUAUCUAUCUGUUGUGUAG